CGCUCGCACUGCCCGGAUGUAGCGGGAGGAGGUGCCGCCGCCAUCUUUGCCCGGAGAGCAGUGAGAGCUGAUCGUGGCUGAGCCCCCCCGCCGCCGGACCAUCGGUCUCCAUCCGCCCCACGUCGCCGCCCUCGCCCUCGCCCCACGGACAUGGACGACCGGGAGGACCUCGUCUACCAGGCUAAGCUGGCCGAGCAGGCCGAGCGCUACGAUGAAAUGGUUGAAUCAAUGAAGAAAGUGGCUGGAAUGGAUGUGGAGCUGACAGUCGAGGAAAGAAACUUGCUCUCUGUUGCAUAUAAAAAUGUGAUUGGUGCCAGAAGAGCCUCCUGGAGAAUAAUUAGUAGCAUUGAGCAGAAGGAAGAGAACAAAGGUGGGGAAGACAAAUUGAAGAUGAUCCGGGAGUAUCGGCAAAUGGUUGAGACUGAAUUGAAACUAAUCUGUUGUGAUAUUCUGGAUGUACUGGACAAACACCUCAUUCCAGCAGCCAACACUGGUGAAUCGAAGGUUUUCUAUUAUAAAAUGAAAGGGGACUACCACAGGUAUCUCGCUGAAUUCGCCACAGGAAAUGAUCGAAAGGAAGCUGCCGAGAACAGCUUGGUGGCUUAUAAAGCUGCUAGUGAUAUUGCAAUGACAGAACUUCCGCCAACACAUCCCAUCCGCUUAGGACUUGCCCUCAACUUCUCUGUUUUCUACUAUGAAAUUCUUAAUUCUCCUGAUCGUGCCUGCAGGUUGGCGAAAGCCGCUUUUGAUGACGCAAUUGCAGAACUGGAUACGCUGAGCGAAGAAAGUUAUAAGGAUUCUACACUUAUCAUGCAGUUGUUACGUGAUAACCUGACACUAUGGACUUCAGACAUGCAGGGUGAUGAUUCUUAAAAGGAACUCCACCUGUUCAUUUUCUAAUACUCUACUUUGUGAAGAACAGAGUAAAGAAGCACUGCAGGAUGUGGAAGACGAGACCCAGUGAGACAUCAAGGCCAAUAAAAGACCCCAUCUUUGUUCCCCUUCUCCCCCAUCCUCCCUCAAAGUCCCUCAGUCUCCCUGGGAGCCAUCUUAUCUGACGUUGUGAUGAGCCCCAGAAUUUAGGUUCCUACCCUGUUGUUUUUUGUUUUGGGUUUUUUUUUUUGGUUUUUUUUUUUUUUUACACAGUUGAAAAGUUCUUUAAAAGGCAAGAGUGAAUGUCUGUGGAUUUUACUGGUGCCAGCUUUCAGUUUCUUUAAGACACUAACCGGACUGGCUACAUGGAGGCUUUUUCUGAAUUAUUGUGCGUCUUCUGUCAGUUGGAGGUAACAUCUGGAAGCCAUUAGAAUUCUAGGGAAAGUAUUUUGCACUGUGAAGUGCAGAUGGUGGCAUUUUUCAUUUUUUAUAAUUGUUUAAACAAUUUUAUACCAGUGUUUAAAAUUGGGCGUUUAGCUUGAAGUUACAGGUUUCAUUGGAACAGUUCUUGUAAUGGUUUUGCUGUAAAACAAAGCGAAAACCCAAAACUGCUGAGGUGACGGGUGCUGGUAACGGUUCACAAUCCGUGGCUGCUCAUUCUUGCCUUCUCUUUACUUCCCCUCCAAGCAGGUGAGCAUUGAAGGUGGCGUUGAAAAGCCUGCAUGUGUGUUGAAUAUUUUUCUCUCCCUUUUCCUGCCCUCUUUGCUAGCUCAACCUCUUUUGUUCAGUAUGUGUAACUUGAACCUAAUUUGUACUACUGGAUAUCUGACUGGAGCCACAGAUACAGGAUCUGUAUUGUUCUUACUGAAACACAGCAUGGAAUUAACAUUAAACUUAAAUAAAACAACCCUAAAUUAAAAUGAUGCCAAAUACUACUGCUACUUUACCCUGGUCCCUAUUCAGCAAGAGGUGCAGGCAGAACAAGUAGCAGGAAAAACAGAGAUUAUGGACAGUCGGUGGCUGUAAUUUCCAUUAGAUGGCCUCGGCCAGGAUUUGUGAAUCUAAAUUUGUGACUGGAUACAGAGCACCCUCUUCCACCCUGAAGAUUGUAUCUGCUUAACGAUGGCAACUUGAGGCGAUGCUUCCACCCUCUAAGCAGAUAAACAGUGUGGGUCAGGUUGAGCUAGAGCACCUCUGAAAAUCAAGCCGUGUUCCACCCCCACCCACCCCUGUCUCCCCCUCCCUCUUCCUUUCUCUCACCCUCUGACUUUCAGCAGCUGCUUCCUUUCAGUGUUCAACUCAACUUAUACCUUGUUCAUUUCUUUAGGCCACAGGCUAGUAAAUAUUGGAGGGAUUGUGGUAAUUUUACAUACACUCAGAAACAUUUUCCUUCAGUGCUUUGGCUCUUUUUUUUUUUUUUUGUCUGUGAAUGCCUUAUCACAUACCUCUGGUCUGACCUGUAUCCUUGCCUUUUAGUUUCAUUUGGGAUUCCCCUUUGGAGUGAGCAGCAAGUCUGUUGGAUAAAUAAAAUACUGUGUAAAGAUUCUG